CUCUGAAGGCUCUCUUUUCUGCUUCCUCUCCUCCUUCCCCUUCAAGAAAAAUUAAACAUCUUUUAGUAAAAAAAAAUAAUUCACACAACUGAAAAAUUGUUCACACAAUAGUAAUCGUUUAUAUGGUUCUGAGCCAAUGCCAUGACUUCUCUUGGGGCAAAGGACACCUUGUGUUUUGGAUGGUGGAGGAGGAGGAAUAAGAAAGAAAAGACAGCCACCGUCACAUCGUUCAUGUUAGAGGUGCACUCAAAUUGGAACGACAACUUUUGAUAGCUUUAGACACAUUUAAUUCAAACAUCUAGAGCUUUAUUCCUUUAGGUGUGGACUUUGGAGAUGUGGGGAGACAAUGAGAAUACCAGCCGACUAUGUAAUUUGCUGGAUCUUGAGCUCAGUUGAUAGAAAUCAUUGGGCACCGUAAGUUAUUUUCUGAUUUCUUAAACUUUAGAAGAACAUCAGACUUUGUGUUCAGAGCCAUAUUCCUCUUUUUGCUAGCUAUUCUGGGCUAGUUACCACUUUUAGCCAAAUGAAGGUAGUAACAGCUACUAUUGACCAUUCUAUUUUUCUGAAAAGCCCAUGUAACAUCCUGAGUGAAGAACUAAAACAACGCAUGACUCCCUGGGGUAAAUUCCGGUUCUAAAACCAGUUGUACAUGUGAAACAAGAUAUUAGAAUUAAAUUAUAGUGUCCACUCUGCUCCCAUCAUCACCCACAAAGAAGCUGUUUUGAGGAGUGUGGGUGUGAGGAAGGGCAGUGAUGUUGUGUUUUGUUAAUAACCAUCAUGCUAUGCAAGAGAGUACCUCAAAAUUGCUUUUAGCUUUCCUAGCUAUUAUAUGAAACCUUGUUAGAUUAGCAGCUAUACAAGAGGGGAAUAGCUGAUAUAGUCUAUUAGUAAAAAUUCUUUCCAAGUCUUCAUAAUGAAGGAGCCCCUGUCAUUACAUAAUGUCUGCUAGUCUAGGGAUUCCAUUUCCAGUCAUGGCUGCCCCAAGAUUGAUCCUGAGCACCCAGGAGCGCCUCUGCAAAUACUCUACUUGGUGCACCAAGGGUUCGGAUGAAAGUCUCCCCAGACACUAAAAAGUGUCUGACUUGCUCCAUCACGAUUCUUAAUGUCACAAGAUUUCAUUUUACUUUUGCUUCUAAACACAAAGGGACCUAACAUUUGGAUUUUUAAUUUAAAAAUUCUCUUUACUUUAGGAAAGUUGAUCGAAAACAAAAGUAGUCUUCUCUAAAACGGUUUUUCCCAGUAAAUUAUAUCCACCUCCCAAAACGUAUACCCAACUCCCAGAGAAAUUAUAUUCCACUUCUCUCAUCUCUUUCCCCCUAUGUGCAAAUGUUAUUAUCAGUUUCACAUGGAUUCUUUAGCUGGUGUUUAAAGUUAAAAGCAGAGACAUCUGAGAUCAUAAGAAGACUAGAGAAAAUGGUGUCUGAUGUGACUGGCUUGGACUCCUCCUUAGUCUCCUGCAGUCUUGCAUAGAUGGGGAGGUCAUGGGGUAUGGCCAUGACUGUGCAUGUGGGGUGUAUCCUGUUAAGUACUCUUGGUUAUCCAGACCAUUCUGCCCUCUGUCCGGACACUGUGGUAUGACCCUGAGGAUGCAGGAUAAAGAUGAGGCUAAGACUAAUGGCAGUAAGGUGUUAAGAAGAACUUUCAUUGAUUGGAUCUUCCUCUGCAGCCAGUUCUGUGCCAAAUACCAAUCAUACAUUAUAAAGGUGAAUCCUCCCAGCAGCCCUGAGAGAACUUAUGCUGUCAGGAGGAUAAGAGAUGCCUUCAGAGAAAAUAAGAAUGUAAAGGAUCCUGCAGAAAUUCAGGCUCUAGUGAAUAAAGCCAAAAGAGACCUCGGAAUAAUUCGUCGACAGGGUCUCACUGAUGUCCUCCACUCUUUACUCAAGUCCACCUAUUAGAGCCAUCAUAUUUCGUUGAUUCUUCAUUAAGAUAGCUCAGAACAGAGAUGAUACUACUACAAAAUACCAAAUGAAUUUUCUUGUAAGUAGAUUUUUCCUAAGCAAAGUUGCAUUGUGCUAAAAUACAUUUAUACAUAAGGAGAGCAUUUAGAAGUCAAAGCUAUUUUUAAAAAUGUGCAUUCUCAGUUUGAGCUGAACUGUUUAAAAAAAAAAAAAACUCAAGGAAAUCAAUUAUUUUGAGUCUAUUAAGGAAUUUACUGAGACUCCAGUACUGUCUAUUCUGUGUGCUCAGUGUAAUACUUUAUUAUACCAAAAUAAACUCAGAACUGAUUCCAGGAAAAUCCUAUGAAAAAAUUAAAGCAGAGAAGAGUGUGAUCUCAGUGUGUGGUAUUUGAGGCAAAUUAGAAAGCAAGCAACUGAACUCAGAUCUGUUUCUGCCCUUAAAUCACUAAAGGACCUUGGGAAAAUUGCAUAAAAUCUCUUCGUCUUGUCUACUAAAUGAAGAUGCCAAUAUCAGCCUACUUUUCUACUUCAGGAAAAAAAUUCCAUGAGUCAGAUCAACUUCUGUUAUAUAAAGAAUCAUUGAACAUAGUAGUACUCUAAUAAAAAUGCCUAGAUUUGGGACAACAGUGGUCAGAUUCAUAGGGUAAAUGAAGCAUGUAUUGAUUUUUCAGACAGGUGAUUUAACCAUCUUUGUGAGGGUUUUUUUUUUUCUUUUCUAUAUUUUCUGAACUCUUUGUGCCAGCAUUGCUAACCAUGUAGACAGAUUCAUUUAACUCUUUUUAAGGAAAGUUGCACCUAUCAGCAGAAUUGAGUUGUAAAUAGUGCUUUUGUUUCCUCUGUCCAAAGUACCAUAUGAAGUAAUGUAGAGCUUCAUGGUCCCUAAUGCCUAGGAUUUUACAAUCAUCAUUAAUUCGUGUCAAAAUAUAGAGGCUGUGGGCUUGUUGGUCGGCAGACAGCUGUGAUCAAGGGGGAGAAAACUUUUCAAAUCAGAUCUGCUGUUAAACCCUCAAUUGUGAUGUUAGGCUAACGACUUAAUUUCUCUGAAACUCAGUAAAAAUGGGGGCUGUUGUGAAAUUAAGAUAGGAUAAUAAUGUUUUAUCAUCUGAAAAGCAAGCAUCAAGUAAGAAUUAUUUGUAAAAGGAAAUGACAAACUGUAAGAUGAAAGAGUUUUAUUAAUAAUGAUAAUAGAUCACAUUUAUUGAGCACUGACGUCGUAUGCUAAAUGAUUUACAUGCACUGUCUCAUUUAAUCUUUCAGCCAGGACUAUGAGAUGAAGAAACUGAAGUUUAGAGCAGUUAAUUAUAUACCCGUUGUCAUUAAUAAGUAAGGGACCCAGGAUUCACACAGACUCAGAGCCCUAGCUCCUAAGAAUCUACCUGAUAUGAUGAUCGUUGUCAAAUGUUAGAGUAAAGGGGAAUAGAAUACAACCUGUGAUUUGCAAGUUGGGUAACUUGGUCUUUCAGACAUUUACAUCUCUUUACUUACAAUUUUUUGAUCAAAAUACUACAUUUUCAAGAUAAAAGGCAGAAGAAAGUUGCUUUCACUCUUUUCUCCUGACUCUAAAUCUCACUUCCCACGUUAAGAUUCUUAUGUAGCCUUCUAGAAAUUUCCUGUACAUUUAGAGGUAGUAUAUGUGUAUGCAUAUGUGUGAACUCUUCUGUUUAAAACAGAUAAUAUUAUACUAAAAAUACUCUUUUACAGUCUCUUUUUUCCCCACGUAAAUUCUCCCAUACCAGAACAUAACAACCCUUUCCCCCUCUUUAAUGGCUAGAUGGUAUUCCACAGUGUGGUAAUUUAACUAACUGGUGUUGGACAUUUAGUGACCUCAGCUGUUUGUCAUCAUGAGCAAUGCACCCACAAACAUCCCAGUACCUGUCUUCAUGUCGAAUAAAGGCCUAGAGGAGGAAGAGCUGAGUCAAAGGUGUGGGCAUUGAAAACACAGCCCAGCAUUCCCAUGCUGCCCAGCAAGCUACCAUCCUACCAACCCUGUCUUCACCUCACUCUAGAGCCCCAAGAAUAUCAAACAUUUUCUUCUCUACCAGUCCAACUUGUAAAAGGUUGUAUGGGUCAAAUUAAGGAUAGUUUAUGUAUGUUACCCAGCUCUGUUUUUCUUUGUUAAUUUAUUCACUGUUUUAUUGUUUCCUGUCAUAAUUAUCACAAAUCUGUUUUCCCCAUUUUUCAUUUACUUUUUGGCCUUCAUUACUAUAUUU